GCAUCUGCAUGCACAAGCGCUGAAGAAGCAAAGCUCUUUAGGCCAAGAGUGACAAUGUUUCCGAAAUGGGACAUCCUCAUAUGACCAUUUUUCAUCCACCCUUUUGCCUUCGCGUUACUAUACUAGAAACACCAUAUUUCGACCCAAUGUCAAGCUGCCUGUAAUUUAGGUGGUCUAGAGUGUUUAUACGAAUUCGCAUUGCAACUAGGCUAGCCAUUCAACUUCUGUGCCUAUUCUUAUUUUAUUUACACCUUGUUCUAUUCUAUUCAUUUGACGCCAGUCACUAUCAUGAAACUCAACUUUCUGUUCCUCUCUGCGCUCUUUAUUCUUAUCGCCGCUGCCAAGUCCACGGCCCAGGCACAAGCUUCUAUCCAAUGUCCUAGCCUUCCUCCCGCUGGCCAUGCCUCCCAAUCUUACUGCAAAAUGUCCGACGGUUCACUGAUCUAUGUGAAUGGCGUGGGACCAUUCGACUGCGAAAUUCCUGAUAACACUAUGCGUCCCCAGAGGAAUGAAGACAGCACGACCCUAGAGUCAGAGAAGCUUCCCAGUAAGGAGUCCACAUACUGUGAGGUUCGGCUCAUUCAAUUUACCAACGACGGUAAUGUGCACCGCGGUUGUUGCGUGGAUGGGGUCGCUAUUUUUGAUAGCCGAACCUCAAGUCUUCACUCUUCGGUGCCCAAAGAUAGGAAUCAAAAGCCGCUAGAGAAAUUGCAAUCAGAUCGUCAGGUAGUGAACAGAAAGCUUCAGACGCAGGACGAAAAGGAGCUUGAGAACGACAGUGAAGGUACGCGCUAUAAUGAACGGGAGCUUAAGGACUUGGAUAAAGAAGACGAUGAUUACGAUUAUGAUACCAACGAGGCGGAUAACUUGGAUUCCGGGGAGGAGAAUGAGAAUGAUGAUUACAGUGACUAUGGAUAUGAUGAAGAUGAUGAAGAUGUUGAUGAAGACGAUGAAGAUGACGAAGAUGACGAGGAUAACGAGGACGAUGAGGACGAUGAGGACGAUGAGGACGAUGAAGAUGAGGAUGACGGAGAGGUUGAUGGAGAGUUUACACCAGACAUUAAGGCUGAAUCACCUCUAGAGAAGUAGUAAAACACUAUAAUAGAACUUAAAAGUACCUAUAAAUGAGUAUCAUCCAUAUCUCUAUAGAUUUAUUCACUUUCA